AGAUGAGAAAGAUCACCCUAUUUUACACAGGUGUUCCAUACCAAGAACAGGACAAAAUAGAGUCUAACUCUUUCAUGUCUAAAAUAAAUGCUUGCUUAAUUCUGUAUUACAUUCCCAACCAUUACAUGGGAAUAUAGAGUUUUAUGUACCAUGCAACUAAAGGAAAGAGAUACAUACUACUAUGCAAUUCCUCCUCCCCAGUCUUCAGGUGAAACCACCAUCACUAUAUCUAACUGAUCUUGAAAAGGCUUAACAAUCUCUUUCAGUUAAUACUUGGAUUGGAAAUCAUCAGGAAAUCUCAGAGCUAUACAUUAAACUAGGAAGUUAAAAAAAAAAAUCUUAGAAUUCUGUAUUGCUGCCAAGAAAACAACAUGGACAUGUCCAUGUAGUUAUUAGGCAUCAAGCCUAAUUUGAAGAUUUUAUCUUCUAAGAAACAGUUGCCCGCUCAUUCUGAAAACCAGAACUGAGAGAUCUCCUCACUCCCAGUCUGACUUUUGAGAGUCUUGACAUGCUCCAGGCAAAUAUUCUUAAUGAUCUGUACUGAAGUUGGGAAGAUAUUGGCCUAGCAGGAAAAGGACACAUGAUUUUUCUAGGCUGGAGAAGAUUGCUGCACUUUUGUGGUAGGACCAGCUUCAGAAAAGACUUCAAGCAGAAGCAAAGAGGUUGUUUGGUUUGGAGGUGCUACCAUGGAAGACCUGUAGAUCCUGAGCUGAGAAUGUUUCUAGAGGAGAAUACUGAAGUCAUUGACAGUGGGAGCCUGACCCCAGAAAUAAAGUUACGCCUUCUGACCCCUAACUGCAGAUUUUGGCAUGACAAAGCUGCUUUAUGGCCUUACGGGGAGCCCUUCUGGGCAAUGUACUGGCCAGGAGGCCAAGGAUUAUCCAGAUACCUUCUUGAUAACCCAAAGGUGGUCCAGAAGAAGAAAGUUCUGGAGCUAGGAAGUGGUUGUGGAGCAACAGCUAUUGCAGCUACACUAAGUGGAGCAUCACAAGUUGUUGCGAAUGACACUGAUCCUGUUGCAGCUGCUGCCAUAGUGCUUAACUGCGAACUGAACAAUGUAGAUCCCGUUCCUGUUAUAACGGAGAACCUGAUUGGUAGAGAGAUAGGCAAGUGGGACCUUAUUGUCCUAGGAGACAUGUUUUACAGUGAAGAACUUGCAGACAGCCUCUCAGAGUGGCUGAAGAAGUGCAUCCGGGAUCAUGGGACUCAAGUGCUGAUCGGGGACCCUGGCAGACCCUAUUUUGUGACCCACCAAAUUCAGAGAAAGUUGCACAAAGUUAGUGAAUAUACUCUCCCUGAAUCAUCACCAGAAGAAUACAACGGUUCAACCAAAACUUUUAUCUGGAACUAUCAGCCUUAAUUUUCAGGGGGCUUGGAAAUAUUAAAUCAGUUGAUGUUACUUUGAAUCUCUUGUUCUAGGACAUAGAGAGCUUAGCCUCUGGCCCUGUGUACAUUCCAAUAUGUUUGAAAAGUUCAAUCUGGAUUUGCACCAGCUAAAGAUGCAGUCAUACCAGAGUGGGACAACAAUAUGAAGCACAAUUAAAAGAAAAACUUUGCCCGA